CUGACUGCUGCCCGUCGAUCUUCGUCAACACCACCAACACGACCAGCCCACCACCCACCAGCAGCACAUCCGCCCAGGCCGCCCAUCUCUAUGGCUUCGCAAGCGUCCACCCAGCCGCGUCCCUAUCCCGCCAACUACCUCCCCAAUGGCGGAGUACCCGCGCCCUCUGCUCCUGCUCCCGGAGCCGUGCCGCUGCUCCCCAACCAGGGCCGCGUGAUCCAGCAAGGCAGCGUUAGGGUUCUGUGCAUCGCUGACGUCCGAGGAAACCUCCAGUCGCUCAACCAGCUUGCCGCAGAUGCACGCGCAAACUACAUCAUCCACACGGGCGAUUUCGGUUUCUAUGAUGACCGGUCGCUGGACCGCAUCGCCGACAAGACCUUGAAGCACGUCGCUCAAUACUCUCCCUUGCUCUCCGAUGCCACCAAGCGUUCCAUCGCAUCCGCACCCCCACAACCCCCCAUCAAGGAGCGCUUCUCUCGUGAACGCCUUCCCCUGUCGGAGCUCCCGCUCUUCCUCAGCAAGCAAUACACACUAAAUGUGCCCGUGUACACGGUUUGGGGAGCAUGCGAAGAUGUUCAAGUGUUGGAGAAGCUGCGGUCAGGCGAGUACAAGAUUGACAAUCUGCACAUCAUAGACGAGGCCCACUCGCGGCUUCUCGAUGUCGGUGGCGUCAAGUUGCGUCUGUUGGGUCUUGGUGGAGCUGUCGUCAUGCACAAGCUUUUCGACAACGGUGAGGGUCGCACGACCAUUGCAGGAGGCCAGGGCACCAUGUGGACCACUCUGCUGCAAAUGGGCGAGCUAGUCGACACUGCAAACCGCGUAUACGAUCCUACCGAAACCCGUAUCUUCGUCACCCACGCAUCGCCUGCUCGUGAGGGACUGCUCAACCAGCUCUCCGUUACACUCAAGGCUGACUUCUCAGUCUCCGCUGGUCUUCACUUCCGCUACGGCAGCUCCUACAAUGAGUUCAGUGUGAACCCGACCCUCGACCACUACCGCGGCAAGCUCGCUGCUUCCAAGGCUUCGUUCAAUGAUGUUUGGGAUACCGUCAAGACCGAGGUCGAGCCGGCCGUCGCCGAUAGCGAGUCCCAGCAGCGUCUAUUGAACCUUGCUCUGGACAUUGUUCAAAAAAUGCCUUCGGUCGCCAAUGGCGGCAAUCCUUUCGGUGGCCCUGCGCCUGGUCCUCAGAGCGGUGUCAUUGACGAGAGUGCCUUCAAGAACAUGUGGAACUUCAACUUGGCAGAUGCUGCGUAUGGCUGGCUCGUUCUGGAUGUUGACAAUGGCAGGAUCGGUACCGAAAUGAGGGCCCAGGGUUUCAAUUUUGCCCACCGUGGUGGUAAGGUUGCUCCUCUAGCCCAACCUGGUCAGCCUGUAGCGGCCGCAGCCACAACAGCUCCCACAGCUUCGACCUCUACCCCGGCUCAAGGUCGCCCUGCAGCCCCUUCGACCGCAGCUGCUCAGCAGCCUCGUCAGGCAGCAGCGACACCUCCUGUCUCUCAGCAGAUGAAGCCCAAUCAACCAGCACGCACAGGUCCUUCACCCGUUGCCACUCCCAAAGACCCCAUCAAGGUGGCCACCCCCCAGCCUGGAGCCGCGGAAAAAGCCAUUCCCAGCGAGGUCAAGCCCAACGGUACAGCUGCUCCCGAAAAGACUGCCUCGCCUGCUCCCCGUGAGCCCCAGGAGCGCAAGGAGGGCAAGGCGCUCUUCAUCAUCAACGUCAAAGAUGAAGACGAAGCCCGCAACCUCCUUGCCGAGGAGGACCGGACCAAGUGCGAGAAGAUUGAGAAGAUCAAACACUUCUUCGUAGCCCACUUCGCUACUACAGCAGACAUGACGGCUGCUCUCAACCGUGUGGCCCCCGAAGUCAAGAAUAACAAGGAACAGAGCAAGCCGAGUGUCAAGGUUUACCGUGAGCCGACUAACACGCCGAGGUAUGGAGCAGGCUCGUGGCAGGCCAGCACCCGCGGUGGUGUGCAAGGAGGUUAUCGCAGCGGCGGUGCUUCCGACAGUGAAGGCGGACGUGGUGGACGUGGCCGAGGCAGCAACUACCGCGGCGGUGGCGAUCGCGGUGGUGAACGUGGCGACCGUGGUGACCGUGGCGAUCGUGGCGACCGUGGCGACCGUGGAGGUCAACGUGGUGGUCGAGGCGGACGUGGCCGGGGAGGGUUCAGAGGAGGACAGGGCGAGGGCGCUGCGGCAUCUCCGGCAGGCGAGUCGUAG